AUGGCCCAUGAUGGCAUAUUCAUCGAUGGAAUUUGGAGUCAGUCCAAGGGGUGGUGCAAAUUCGUUCGCCUCACUCAGCAUGCUUUGCCAGGUGGCUCUGGAGAAGGUCUUGGAGAAGGUGCGAUGGGGGUGAACCAGAUCAUCCAGAAGGCAAGUCUGGCCGUGGAAAGGAACGAUGACGGCGGCCUUCCCCGCCAGCCGGGCGGCCGGCAGGCGGGAUCAGCACGGAAGCAGCCACCAGAAAUCGAGGGGCCAGUGCCGAAGGACCUCCGAGACGCUGAUUUGGUCGAGGACGAGCUGCGCUCCUCGUGCUUGUCGCGCGCCCGUGCGGGCAUCGACAAAAAGGCCGCCAGGGCUUGCGAGAGGUGCCUGGAACCUCCAAACUCCAUGUGGGAAGGUUCAGCUUGGAACUGCCCCAUGGCCUAUCCAACCACCGUCAACAUUCUCAACUUGCACCCCAUGGAAGCCUCGCCUGCCAUGGCUCCACUGUGGCGUGGUGCUGUGGCAUCUCUACCGCUCGCGCUGGUGGCGGAGGUGCCAGAUGAAGGGGCCAUGAAGAUCCGGGAGGGUCUAGCUGCUGUGGAGUGGUGCGCCAUGAUGAUGAACUUCCAGCCGCAAGAGCUGCCUCGCUUGAGCAGUGUUGCUACCAAGUGUCCUCGAGCAGCGCCUGUCAGGGGACCCAGCGAGGGAGAGGACUGCCUGAGAUGCGGAAAAGAGGGUGGCUGCAUCGGUCUACAGCUGCUUGGUUUAAUAGGCGCCAUGGAGCUGGCGGAUUCCGUGGGCGCCAAGUGUUGCCGCAGCGCCCCUGGGACGGGCUUCAGGGAGGUCCCAAGAGAGGACACGGAGAUGAGUGGCUUCUAUGGCUUCUUGCUGCCUCCAAGGUCCUUCUCCUUGACGCCUGGCAGAUUGAAGCUGAGAGAGUUGCGGGCCUUAGGCUUGCUGGGCACUGAGGAGGGUCACAUGGUCUCCUUGCAUGCGACGACCAGCCCGCCUCUGAUGGACGUCGUGCAAGUCAACAGUCUGGCUGAGGAGCCGAAGCGUGAGGUGCCGAUCUUCUACCAUCGGCUUUUCCACGAGUAUGCAGAGGCAAUUCUCAGGGCAAGCCCUCUGCAGAAGACGUUGCACGAGCGGCACGUUUCCACGGCCCACCUUUCACCACAGACCUUGGGUGGCAUUGCUUCCGUGGGGCAACCUGACAGUAUUUGCUGCGUCUCUGGCGAAAACGCGCCGGAGGUCGCGCCGCAAGCGCUCUGGGAGUACACCCACUAUGUGCAACACAGGCAGUCCUUCCGGCCUCUGGCCCGCCGGGGUCGUGGCUGCGAGCAGCCGGAGGCUGCUGAGGCCAAGGCCAUGGCGGACACCACGGCGCUGCCGUGGCUGGCGUUGAGGUGGUUGGAACGGGGCAACCCCCCUUUCAACAGCUUCGUGAACUUGGGCGCACGGGAUGGCGUCGGGGACGACCCCUUGCAGUUCCUGCUGCAGGACCCCCGGCAUGUGGACUUUGCGCUGGCCGUCGAGAUGGACCCUGAGUACUGCCAGCGCCAUCGCCAGCACCUCCCUCAUGUGCAGGUUCUGUGUCUCCAGGUGUCGGAGGCCACGAUGCCGGAGAUCCUUCAGAAGGUGCCCCGUGCCGCGAGGCGCCCCAAGUACCCACAGGCCGCGCGGCAGUACCUUGGCGCCAUCCCCCUCAGGUUCCUCUCUUCCGUGCGCGCGAAGCUGGUGGUUUUGGAGGUCUUCGAUGGCUUGCCGCCCCCGUUGCGCUUCUCGCUGCACGAGCACCCGCAGUUAGCGUCCUGGGGCGGCCUCACGGUCUGGGGAUGCUCCUUGAGCUACCAGGUGCGCAUGCUCAAGCCAUUGGGCUAUCACUUGGUUUGGUACGGCGCAGGGAAUGCCAUCUACGUGCACCGCUCCGUGUCCACACGGCUAGGCCUGCCACGCUUGGACGAGGUCGACUGCUAUGUGACCUCCGUGGUCAUGGCCAUGUGGCCCAGCGGCCGGCGCAUGCGCCGGUGGUUCUACGAGGUGCGAUCGUGCGAUCGCUGGUGGAGGCAUAUCGGGGUCACACGUGUCAAAAGACCAGGAAUCAUUUGA